AUGGAGGUCUUCUGUAGACACGUCCCUCCAGACUUGUCGGAGGAAGGUCUCAGAGGAGAGCUCGAGCCAUUCAUGCAGGCGCUCGGCAUCUCAGACUGGGCCUGCGACAAACCCAGGCAGAAACCACAAGCAUGGCUUAAGUUCCUCCAUGCCUCCAACGGCCAAGCGUUUCUCAAGAAACAUGGGAAGAUCAGUGCAGAAACUGGGCAACGAAGAGAAGACAUCGCUCUUGGUGAUCCACUGAAUCCACGGAUCAAGCCUAGGGAUAUUGCUCGCCUCCAUAUUCUCAAGACCGCCAUCUUUGCGGAAAAGAGCACUCGGGCUCUCGAUAAGCAUGCCGUCGCCCACCUGAAGCACAAUCGCGACCAGAGAUUACGAAUACCUGCUCGAGAUCCAGAAGCCCCAGACUACCCGUUUUGGGUUCAAGCCAAUGGUGUUCACAGCAUUUCUACUCAGGUUGUAUGGAAAGGUAUGCACGGCCCAAACGACCUACGAACGGCUUGGGCGAACACUGAUACCAAACCCUAA